AUGGGCAUAUUACCAUUCUGUAUCGACAGCACUAACAAAUUGCGGCUUUGCGGCCCAGUGGAUCGAGAGCAAAAAUCAAAAUACCAUUUGGAUCUUGCACUUGUGCAAGAUGGUAUCACGCGAUCUCGUAGUACUGCUACGGUUACAAUAGAAAAUGUGAACGAUAAUGCACCGUACAUCGAUCCAUCGAUUGCAGUGGGAUAUAUUCCUGAAAAUUCUCCAUCGCAUACGGCUAUCAUGAAGCUUCAGCCUGUGGACAACGAUCUUUUCCCGAAACAAACAGUUUUCCAAUAUAAAAUUGCUGACGUCCGCUUAGCAGAGAUAUUCUCAGUCAACGAAACAACUGGAAUACUUAGCACUGUGGAUGUUCUUGAUCGCGAAAAACGCUCGUUUUAUGCGGUACCAGUAAUUGUCAGGGACCGAGGCACGCCACCGCGCUCUGUAACUAUUAAUUUACGGAUUUAUGUUGACGAUUACGAUGACAAUGCACCGGAAUCUGAGGCACGUGAAGUGAACAUCGAAUACUAUCACGGAAUCUCAAGAACUAUUAUCCUGCAUGCUGUUCCAGUGGAUUUAGAUGCUGUUGGUCAGUACAAAUGUCGCCUACUCAAUGCUUCAGAAGCGUACAACGUAAUGGUUUAUUCAUUCGUAACUUAUAAUGGUACUUCAGGAAUUAUCAUUUUUCAGAGGCUUUUCGAUUACGCAUGGAUAAUAAGCUAG